AUGCUUCUGUGCCAGAAGUGGGUGGAGAAUUGCAGGAGAGCAGACUUAGAAGAUAAAACACCUGAUCAGCUAAAUAAACAUUAUCGAUUAUGUGCCAAACACUUUGAGACCUCUAUGAUCUGCAGAACUAGUCCUUAUAGGACAGUUCUUCGAGAUAAUGCAAUACCAACAAUAUUUGAUCUUACCAGUCAUUUGAACAAUCCACAUAGUAGACACAGAAAACGAAUAAAAGAAUUGAGUGAAGAUGAAAUCAGGACACUGAAACAGAAAAAAAUUGAUGAAACUUCUGAACAGGAACAAAAACAUAAAGAAAUAAACAACAGCAAUGCUCAGAACCCCAGUGCAGAAGAAGGGGGUGAAGAACAGGAUGAAGACAUUUUACCUCUAACCCUUGAAGAGAAAGAAAACAAAGAAUACUUAAAAUCUUUAUUUGAAAUUUUAAUUCUAAUGGGAAAACAAAACAUCCCUCUGGAUGGGCAUGAAACUGAUGGACUCCCAGAGGGUCUCUUUACCCCGGAUAACUUUCAAGCACUCCUGGAGUGCCGGAUAAAUUCUGGUGAAGAGGUUCUGAGAAAGCGCUUUGAGACAACAGCAGUUAACACAUUGUUCUGCUCGAAAACACAGCAGAAGCAGAUGCUAGAGAUCUGUGAGAGCUGCAUUCGGGAGGAAACCCUCAGGGAAGUGAGAGACUCCCACUUCUUUUCCAUCAUCACUGACGAUGUAGUGGACAUAGCAGGAGAAGAGCACUUGCCUGUGCUGGUGAGGUUUGUUGAUGAGUCUCAUAACCUGAGAGAGGAAUUUGUGGGCUUCUUGCCUUAUGAAGCUGAUGCAGAAAUUUUGGCUGUGAAAUUUCACACCACGAUAACUGAGAAGUGGGGAUUGCAUGGAGUAUUGUCGUGGCCAGGCUUACAUUGUGUCCAGUGGAUUUUCUUCCAAAUGAAAGUUGUUGCUUCUAGGCUUUUAGAGAAAUAUCCCCAAGCUGUCUACACACUUUGCUCUUCCUGUGCCUUAAAUAUGUGGUUGGCAAAAUCCGUGCCUGUUGUGGGAGUAUCUGUUGCAUUAGGAACCAUUGAGGAAGUCUGUUCUUUCUUCCAUCGAUCUCCACAACUGCUUUUAGAGCUUGACAAUGUCAUUUCUGUCCUCUUUCAGAACAAUGAGGAAAAGGGUAAAGAACUCAAGGAAAUUUGCCAUUCUCAGUGGACAGCCGCGGUGGAGGACCAGGCUGGCCCUGAUGUUAAAACGGGCGAAAAGCUGAAGUCCAAGGAGCGUGGUGGUUCUGCUGAGAUCGCGCAAUGGUUCGGGUUGUGCCCAUCUGCCGUCUUAACCCCAUUUGGCCAGGGCCUCGGCGGUGAAGGCGUCGAUGCCCCCCUCAAGGCUCAGACUGGGAAGCCCGGCCCCACCAGCGGCGGCAGCCUCUCUGAGGCCCGCUGGGCAUGA